AUGUCCACCCUGUCCUCCUCUACUUCCUGCUCCAGCGGGCCUCAAUCUCCUAGCGCCAUAGGACAAUCUGUCGGCCCCAUAUUCGUCAACCCCUACGCCACGGUCGCCGUCAACUGGUUGUUUGGCUCCAUCUCGGAUGUUGUCCUUGACCUCGCCAUGGACAGCACCGACCAGGCGGGUGACUCGUCCAUCGAUGACUACUGCCACCGCAUGAAGACUGUCGCCGACACCCUCCACGACGUCGGUCAGCCCGUCUCCAAGCCUACACUUGUCUUGAACCUGCUGCGUGGCCUCACUAAGCCCUACUCCACUACUGCGGACAACAUCGCCACCAACUCUGACCUCACCUUCGCCGCUGCACGCAAUCAACUUCUCCUAAAGGAGUUGCGCCUGAAGAACGAAGAGAAGGUCACGGCUGCUUCCGCCCUUGUUGCCAACUCUGCACCGUCCUGCGACCACUCUGGCUGCCGCUCCUCAUCUUCACAAGGUGCUGGGCAGUAG